AUGGCCUCCACACCCGUUAAACCCCCGCAACCAUUCACCCUGUACGCGUCGACCCUCGCCCGCACACACACCUACAUCUCCCUAGCGGCCUUUAUCAGUGCUCUACUCAUCGGCUGCGCCCUCCAUUACAAGAAGAUCGUGAAGAAUGGCGUAGCGGGUUACCCGGAGGAAUGGUUCCCGUCCGUUUCUGCUACGAUUGGCGACUGGUACCCCGAGAGAAAUAUCUUCCAGAUAUUGAUCGCUAUCAACUCCGGCCCGCGCUUCGCUCUCGUCGUUCUGCAGUACUACCUGCAGCGCAACCCGCGCUCAAGCUUCCCGGGAUUCCUGUUCCUUGUUGGUGUCCUCCGCACCCUCUCAUGCGGCGGCUGGGUGUACAUUACGUCUUCGGACGACCAUGAUGCCCACGACGUCUUGAUGAUUGGAUAUAUUGUACUCAAUAUACCCUGGAUGUUCGGCUCUACAGCUUGCACACCCGCCGGUCAUGUUGCAUCUAGGCGCAGAAGCCCCAACAGCUUCUUUGCAGCUCUAGUGCCCAUGAUAUAUUUCUUCAUACAGCACAAGGUUCACCGAGUGCCCGGAGCAUACACCCGGUACAGCUUCUUUGAAUGGAGCCUCAUCUUUUUGGAUGUGUUGUACGACUCCUCGGCGGCGCUUGACUUCGAGGCAGCCGACCUGAAGAUCACUGUGGGCACAUUAGUUGGCGGACCGUCAGAAGCAGAUAAAAUAGUCGCAUCGACAGCAGAAGUCGCAGCAACCCCUCUGCCCCCGGUAAAUGAGAAAGACGCAAAGCAAGCCGGUAAUGCGCCGCUGGGCGCCCCCGCCCCCGCGCAGCACCCGUCCAUGUUCACGCGUGCGCGCCCGGCGAUCGCCUUCGCCAGCGACGUGUAUCUCUCGUACAUAUUCUGGUCCGUGUACACCGCGCUCGUGCCCACGCUCUUCUACUUCUCCGUGUGGGAGCUCGGGUUCGCCGGGCACGAGCUCGCGCUGCUCGUCACGCUCGCACCAAUAAUACUCGGGAUCGCGCCCCUGUGGGAGUGGGCGGUAGGGCGCGAGGGCCGUGCGAUCCUGCAUGGGCUCACGCUCGUCGGGCUCGCGGCGUACGUCGUGCCGAGCCCCUUGGGGCGGCUGUUGUUGGUCGCGUUUGCGAGCGCGAACGCGGUGGUUGGGGUGACGGUGGAUUGGCUGGGGGGCGAGGGCGAGGACGUGGUGUACCAGGCGAUAGUAGCGGGCUUGGGCUUCCUCGUGUCGUCGCUGUCGAAGCACGCGAACCACACCAAUAAUCCAGUCUGGCCAUUCGUCGACGGCCGGUCGGGCGGGUACAACAAGACGGGCAUCGCGCUCGCGCUACUCGCUAUCCUCGAGUACGCCUCGCGCCCCCCUCCCCCUCCCCCCGCCGCCAAAUCCAAGUCGCUUGCAACUCAACCUCCCGCGUCCGCCCCAUCCCACCACUGGCUCCCCGCGUCCCUGGCGCUCGGCGUGCUCCUCUUCUCCCUUCACGCGCUCCUCGCAGACGCGAGCACGCUCAUCGCGUGGUCCUGGACCGGGUACCCCGUCCGCGGGCCCGUGCCCGCCCUGCACGGCUCGCUCACGCACGUUGCGCAGGCGCUCGGGCUCGGGCUCGCCGCCCUCCUCCCCCACAGCGCGCGCGGGCACCCGUUGUGGCUCGUGUGGGGGGCGGGCUGCGCGUACGUGAUGUAUAAGGGCAGGGACUGGGCGGGGUAUGCGGGCGGGCUCGGGUUCGCGGCGUUCUUGAUGGGCGCGGUGCCGACGGUGUGGGCGCGCGCGGCGGAGGCGGGGAGGGGGAGGGAGGCAAGGACGAUGGGGGUUGCGUGUUUGGUCGUUGUUGUGUAUGAUGUCGUGAGCACGUUCACGGUCGCGUAUGCGUUCGUGCCGGGCGGGGAGAUCUUCAGGGAGCGCACGGAUCUUGUGCUCAUCUCACAGGUCGCACUCAUUGCGCUCGCGUUCGACUGGCGCCUCCCCCGGCGCCCUGCCUCUCCCUCAAGCCCCAGCCCUGCCACCACGCGCCUGUCCCGCGCGGCGCACUACAGGGUGCAGUACACGCUCGUGCUGCUGACCGCGCUCUCGCUCCUCGCGUCGCUCUGGCGCGCAAGCUGGCCCGGGGUCGUGCCGCGCCCGCACCGCGAGGCGGCGCGGAUCGUGCGCGCGGGCAUCUGGACGGUGCAUUUUGGGAUCGACAAUGAGGGGCGGGACAGCCAGCGGCGGAUGCGGGAUCUGAUCAAGGAUAUGGAGCUCGAUGUUGUGGGGCUGUUGGAGACGGACUUGCAUCGGAUUCCGUUUGGGAACAGGGAUCUCACGCGCGUCAUCGCGGAGGAACUUGGCUACUACGUCGACAUUGGCCCUGGCCCAAACCAACACACGUGGGGCGCCGUCCUGCUGUCCAAGUUCCCGAUCCUGAACUCGACGCACCACCUCCUCCCGUCCCCAGACGGCGAGCUCGCGCCCGCGAUCGAGGCCGUGCUCGACAUGUUCGGCACGGAGGUGACCGUCAUCGUGUCUCACAACGGCCAAGAGGAAACGCCGCUCGACCGCGAGCUGCAGUCGACGGAGCUCGCGCGCAUCAUGGCCGCGGCGGACCCGCGCCCGGUCAUCUUCCUCGGGUACGUCGUCACGAAGCCGCUCGCGCCGCGCCCGGCGCCGUACGAGAUCAUGGUCGCGGACGAGCGCGUGCACGACAUCGAUGCGGACGACUACGAUAGGUGGUGCGAGUAUAUAUUCUACCGCGGGCUGUACCGCACGGCGUACGCGCGGGUCUCGCGCAGCACGAUCACGGACACGGAGAUGCAGAUUGGGCAGUUCGUCGUGCCCCGACACGGCGCGGGCAUCGUGGACGACAGCCAGGAGGCGCGCUACAUGCGCGCGUGGAAGGAGGAAUUGCCUGUGGACCACUGGUUCCCGAUGGAGUACUACGAGCAAAACGGCGGGAUGAGAGGCCAUUUCUACCAUGUGUUCGGCACGCCGUUGUACUACAAGAUCCCCGAGGGGGCGCAGGUGUGA